CCUGCUAAACCCUAAAACCAGCAUCUCCAACCAAAAGAAUAAGAAGAUCCCUCCAAAAACCUCCCCCACCCCCUACCCCUUAUUAUUAAUCACAAAGUCAUAACUCUCUCCUUUUACAUUUUUUGCUUUCUCUCCGUUUCCUUAGCCUCUUCUUUUGGGCGACUUCUGUGUUUUUUCCCUUUGCUCACUUCAUUCAACAACAAGAAAAGCCAAAAAAAUUCAAGAAACUCUUCCCCUUUUCUUGCGCUUAGCCUUAUAUUAUCACCAUCUUUAUAUGCUUUUCUUGAUAUGGAAGCUUAAAGAUUGCCCAAUUUUAAUACUAUUUUCUACUUAUUAGUACUAUAUAUUUUCAUUUCAAAAAAAAAUCCUUAUAUUCUGCAUUAUUUAUAUAUCAUUAUUCUUGUUCAUAUACUCCUUUGUUCUUACUACCUAUUAGGGUUUAAAGAAAAUUAUGUCAUUUCAAUUUGGACAGUAGCCAAGAGUCUCGUUUUAAAUCACAUGUGUGCUUGUACCUUCUAGCAUUUUUUGACGUGUUAAGAAAAUUAUUGUUAGGGAUUUCAUACCCUUGAUUUCUAGCUAGUGUUUUUUUUUGGUUGCUUUAUUUCUCUCGAAAAAAAAAACUAGAGCAUCGUCUCACUUCAUAGCAUGUCUGUUUGUGCCUUCUAGCAUUUCUUGACGUGUAUUGUUGAGAUUUCAUACCCUCGAAUUCUAGCUAGUUUUUUUGGGUUGCUUUGUUUCUAUAUAUUUCGGGAAAAAAAACUAGAGCGUCGUCUUACUUCAUAGUUCCAAAUCAUCUAAUUUGAAAAGGAGAAAAUAUUACUGUUCUGUCCCUUUCUUCACAUACAGAUAAGAAGAAGAUUUUUGUGAAGAUCACCAGUCAGAAAGAAAGCAAACUGUUUUUAGCAAAAGGAAAAAAGGCAAACAAAGCACAGGUCUUGUUUCUGUUUCCUUUGGUUAAACACAGCAAAAUCACAUCGUCCAAAAUUCAGAAGAAAAACAGGUCUAACUAAAGCAAGACAAAUUCAGAAGAAGAAAAACAAGUUGUUGUUGGUAUCAAUGUCUUCCUCUUCUUCUUCAUUAUCGUCAAAUUCGCCAUGUGCAGCGUGUAAAUUCCUACGUCGAAAAUGCCAACCAGAGUGCGUUUUUGCGCCAUACUUUCCCCCUGAUCAACCUCAGAAAUUUGCGAAUGUGCACAAAGUGUUUGGGGCAAGUAACGUGACCAAAUUGUUGAAUGAAUUACAGCCUCACCAACGUGAAGAUGCUGUAAAUUCAUUAGCUUAUGAAGCUGAUAUGAGACUAAGGGAUCCUGUUUAUGGCUGUGUUGGUGUUAUUUCACUUCUUCAACAUCAACUUCGACAACUUCAAAUGGAUCUUAGCUGUGCUAAAUCUGAGCUUUCCAAGUACCAAAACUUAGGAGGUAUUGCAGGUACUACUACUCAUGGACUCUUGGCAGCUGCGGCUGCUGCAGCUGCCACUACUGCCCACCACCACCAGCAAUUCAACUUCAUGGCUGGAGGCGGACGGGAUCAUCACCACCACCUCUACCACCACCAUCAGUUCUUCCCUAGAGAUCAGUCGCAGCAGCAACAACAACAACAUCAGCACAUGAUUCGCGCAUUUGAAGGUCAUGGGAGUAACAACUUUGAUGCAAGUAGCCUUCUGAUAGGUCAACUAAGCCAGUUCCAGCAGCCACGUGCCGCCGGCGGAGAUGGCCGACGGACGCCGGUGGAUCCUUCUUAGUUAGGUUACAUAAGAGUCUUUGAGUUAUUAACUAUGAACUACAAAAACAGAUACUAUAUUAAGUUUGAAGAUUAUGAUAGGUAAUACUGGCUUACCCAUGCACCAGAAUACUUAUCUACAAGUAUUUUUGAGAGACCAAAUAUUGCAUGA